AUGAAGGAGGCUGCAAACAUUAAUGAUGAGAAAAGACCUUUAGCUUCAAUACCUCUUCAAACCUUCUUAUAUUUUGAUUAUAUUUUCACAUACAUCUAUUUCAUAAUUGAAAUCAUAGUGUUUAUUUAUAAGGGAUAUGGAUUGUUUUAUCCACCAAAUAAAAUAGGAAUAGAAAUAUUUUUGCAAUUUUUGUUAGCAUUCUGUUAAUUUCCAAGAUUGAUAUUGGGAUCGAUAGGAAAUAAAACUGAAUCCCCAUCUCAAAUUUUAUGGUUUGUAUUACUUAUUUUUCCAUGCAUUUUCUUCUACAUAUUUUUCAUCGUCUUAUAAACUUAUGUUGUAAUUUUGGAGAUAAUAAUAAAUGUAAUUGCAUUAAUAUUUAUUGUCUUUGAAUUAUUGUUUAGUUUGUCUGCAUUUUUAACCUUCAAAAAUUAUGAAAAACAACAAUGA